AUGUCGAACCGAGUCGGAAUUGAGCCAGACAAUAUCUGGCCCGACAGAGACGAGGAAUUCCAGCCCGGAAGCGAUGUCGCUCAGCCUACUCGCACCAAAGGAGCGCCGCCCUCUUCCAAUCUGCGUCGUUCUGGAAAAGGCGAAUACGUAGGAAUGGACAUGCACGAGGCCGCUGAUGACGAUGAUUACAACAACGUUGGGCGAAGCAGGGGUGCUCAGGGCGUCGGUAUCGAUAGCAUUGGCCAAGGCGAGGAAAGUAGGGUCAAAGGUGGCUACAAGGCAACCCUUAGCAGUGAGUUUCUCUACGGUGGUUUGUGGAGGUGGCAUGGCGAAUUGAGGUCGACGGCCCAUUCAGAUCCGCGAGUUUCAAAGGAAGCUAAACAGCAUGCGAAGGAAGUGUUGAAAGAGGACGAUCUUUAG